AAAAAGUACAGAUGGCGACUCCAAAUUUCCUUCGUCAUCUGCUUCCUGCCUAGGAACGUAUCCCGUCCACUUCCACCUCUCCCAACUCCAUUCCUUUACCCCUUCCGCAUGAGCAAGCGCAGCCUGCUUGAAGUAACCACCUCCGUCCCACCCCUCAAUGCUGUGCGCGCAUACCUAGAUCAUUCACCUUGACCCGGUUCCUCUCAUCGCAACCACCGCUCUGCAGGUGUUGUUGCAGCCCGCCCCACCAUGGCGCCGCCGCCACCGACGACUCUCGUCGACAACCCGCAGAUCAAGUCUGCUGAGUUGUUGACGCCGCGGCCGCUGUUCCUGCAUGCCUAUGUCUGGCCUUUUACCAUCGCCUGGCCCGUAUUCCUGGCCUUCUACCUGACUCCCGAGCUCUAUGAUCAGCACAUUGGUGGCCAAGAAUGGACCUUUGUCUGGAUGGGCACCAUCAUCACCUUCCAGAGUCUCUUCUGGUUGAGUACCCAUUGGAGCGUCAGCGCGAAGGCCAUAAUCACCGCGAGAAAGGCUUCGUCUCUUGAGGAGGCGCAACUGAUCAAGGUCAUUCCUGUCGCAAAUGCCGGCGUCGCCGACAUCAGCGACCUGAUCCGAGAGAAGAUUGAUGGCAAGAACACCCUGUCUUUCCUCUUCCAGAAACGCCGUUUCCUCUAUGACCCCGACAAGAAGACAUUCGCAACCUUGAGCUACGCUGUCGACGCAGAGCCAAAGCCUACGAUCGACACCUUUCAAAAGGCAAAGGGUUUUACGAAUGCUGCCGAGAUCAAGAAGCUGGAGCAGUACUACGGUACCAAUACCUUCGACAUCCCUGUCCCUACGUUCACCGAGCUCUUCAAGGAGCAUGCAGUCGCGCCGUUCUUCGUCUUCCAGGUGUUCUGCGUUGGUCUGUGGAUGCUGGAUGAUUAUUGGUACUACUCGCUCUUCACCCUGUUCAUGCUGGUUGUGUUUGAGAGUACCGUUGUCUGGCAGCGUCAGAGGACCUUGAACGAGUUCCGUGGCAUGAGCAUCAAACCGUAUGAUAUUUGGGUCUACCGACUGGGAAAGUGGACUGAGAUUCAGAGCGAUAAGCUACUCCCGGGGGACUUGGUGUCUGCUGGCCGAACCAAGGAAGACAGCGGCGUGGCCUGCGAUAUGCUACUCGUUGAAGGAACAGCUAUCGUCAACGAGGCUAUGCUGUCUGGAGAGAGCACACCGUUACUGAAGGAGUCGAUCCAGCUACGCCCGGCCGACGCGAGAUUGGAGCCCGAAGGUCUUGACAAGAACGCCUUCCUAUGGGGAGGCACCAAAGUCCUCCAGAUCACCCACGGCAAUCCCGAUGACCCGAAGCCUCCCGUUGCGUCCGGCGUGCCUCCUCCCCCAGACAAGGGUGCCAUGGCCAUUGUUAUCAAGACCGGAUUCGAAACGUCGCAGGGUAGCUUGGUCCGCACCAUGAUCUAUUCCACAGAGCGUGUAUCUGCCAACAACGUCGAGGCUCUACUCUUCAUCCUGUUCCUGCUUAUUUUCGCCAUCGCCGCAUCUUGGUACGUGUGGACUGAGGGUGUUCAGAAAGACCGUAAGCGAUCCAAGCUUCUGCUCGACUGCGUUCUCAUCAUCACGAGUGUGGUCCCUCCCGAGUUGCCUAUGGAGCUUAGUCUGGCUGUCAACACGAGUCUGGCGGCUCUUGCCAAGUACGCCAUAUUCUGCACGGAGCCUUUCCGCAUUCCCUUCGCUGGUCGCAUCGAUGUGGCCUGUUUCGACAAGACGGGGACCCUGACCGGAGAGGAUCUUGUCGUCGAGGGUAUCGCUGGACUUGGCCUGGGUGCGUCUGGCACCGACACACCAAAGGAGUCCGAUGGCGCACAUAGCAACAUGACGCCUGUGAAGGAUUCUGGUUUGGCUUCCACACUCGUGCUCGCGACCGCUCAUGCACUGGUCAAGCUGGAUGAGGGCGAAAUAGUCGGCGACCCAAUGGAGAAGGCAACCUUGUCAGCUCUCGGCUGGACUCUUGGCAAGAACGACACGUUGACGCACAAACCUGCGACUGCUGCUGCUGGAGGUACUGUUGGGACUGUUCAGAUCAAGCGCCGCUUCCAAUUCUCGUCUGCUCUCAAGCGUCAGAGUUCAGUUGCUACGGUCGCAGGAAAGGAUCCCAAGACCGGUGCGCAGAUGCGAGGCACAUUUGUCGGGGUCAAAGGCGCGCCAGAAACAAUCAUGAAAAUGCUCCUAUCCGUUCCCGCCGAUUACGAGGAAACGUUCAAAUACUUCACUCGCAGGGGAUCCCGCGUGUUGGCCCUGGCUUAUAAGCAAUUAUCGACGGACGACGAACUCGGCGCCAAGAAGAUCAACGAGUUGAAGCGUGAGAACGUGGAGGCUGGGCUGACUUUCGCCGGUUUCUUGGUACUGCACACACCGUUGAAGGACGAUGCCAAGCAGGCUGUCCAGAUGCUUAACGAGAGCAGUCACAGGGUCGUCAUGAUCACUGGUGACAACCCUCUUACGGCUGCCCACGUGGCUCGUGAGGUUGAGAUUGUUGAUCGUGAUGUGCUUAUCCUUGACGCGCCCGAGCAGAAUGAGAAUGGAGACAAGCUUGUAUGGCACAGCGUCGAUGGCCGCAUCAAUAUCCAGGUGGACGCGUCGAAGCCCAUUGACUCGGAAAUCCUAAACAAGUAUGACCUUUGUGUUACUGGCUACGCUCUCGCCAAGUUCAAGGAUCAGGUCGGCUGGCAUCAAAUUCUGCGUUAUACCUGGGUAUAUGCCCGAGUUUCCCCCAAGCAAAAGGAGGAACUGCUCUUGGGAUACAAGGACAUGGGAUAUUUCACGCUGAUGGCAGGCGACGGAACCAACGACGUCGGUGCACUGAAGCAAGCUCACAUUGGAAUUGCGCUCUUGAACGGAACCCAAGAAGACCUCACCCGUAUCGCCGAACACAGUCGCAACACCAAGAUGAAGGAGAUGUACCAAAAGCAGAUUGAUCUGAUGAAGCGCUUCAACCAGCCUGCGCCUCCAGUGCCUCCACUGAUCGCACACCUGUACCCUCCUGGGCCGUCUAAUCCCCAUUACCAAAAGGCCAUCGAGCGCGAAGCACAAAAGAAGAAUGUUUCUCCAGCUGAGUACGCCCGUUCUCAGGGGCAUCAGCAGCCCAUCGAGACAGUCACGUCCCCGGGUGCUCAACAGCUGAUCGACUCUGACCCCCGUGCGGCCAGACAAGCACAAGCAGCCAAGAAGGCAGCUAGCUUCGCCGAGCAGAUCCAGCAAAGCAUGAUGGACAACGAUCUGGACGACGGUGAACCUCCAGCCCUCAAGCUUGGAGAUGCCUCCGUCGCUGCGCCAUUCACCUCCAAGUUGCGGAAUGUCAUUGCCAUACCGAACAUUAUCCGCCAGGGCCGAUGCACACUCGUCGCCACUAUUCAGAUGUACAAGAUCCUUGCUCUCAACUGUCUCAUCAGUGCUUACAGCUUGAGUGUUCUGUACUUGGAGGGCAUCAAGUUCGGUGAUGGCCAGUACACCAUCAGCGGCAUGCUCAUGAGCGUCUGCUUCUUGUCCAUCUCACGGGCCAAAUCUGUGGAGGGGCUCUCCAAGGAGCGCCCGCAGCCCAACAUCUUCAACUUUUACAUCAUCGGCUCUAUCCUCGGCCAGUUUGCUGUGCACAUUGUGACUUUGAUUUAUAUCGCCAGGUUCUGUGACAAGCUCGAGCCCCGUGACGAAAUUGUCGAUCUCGAGGCGGAGUUCACUCCCUCGCUCCUCAACAGUGCGGUGUACCUCCUGCAGCUCAUCCAGCAAAUCAGCACCUUCGCCGUCAACUACCAAGGUCGGCCAUUCCGUGAGGCCCUGUCCGAGAACAAGGGCAUGUUCUACGGCAUCGUGGGCGUGACGGCCAUUGCCUUCUCUUGCUCGACCGAGUUCAUUCCGGAGCUCAAUGAGCAAAUGAAGCUUGUGCCGUUCUCGGACGAGUUCAAGUACACCAUGACUGCGGUCAUGAUCGUCGACUACGCAGCAUGCUGGAUCAUUGAAGUUGCCCUGAAGAAGCUCUUCUCGGACUACAGGCCGCGUGACAUCGCGCUUCGGAGACCAGACCAGCUGGAGCGGGAGCGGGUGCGCCAGGAAGAGGCGCUGAAGCGCAAGGAGGCCGAGGAGGAGAGGAAGAGGCUUGAGAAGGUGGCUGAGUUUGAGCGCAAAGUUGAGGCCCAGAGGCAGAGGCUGGAGGCUUGGAGAGACGGCCGUCAGCAGGGCUAGGUAAACCUGUCGACUGCCGUGCCAGAAGGUACGAAGUCAGGAAAGUAAUAUAGACUGGGUGGGGUUCGAUUAGAAUCACACAAGAUCUGAUAGACUACGCAUGGUGCAAACGCUUGUACCCACCAACAAAUCUGUUUCGCUCCA